CGCCUCGAGAGUCACACUGUUGAGUUGCUCACGCUUCCUUAAAGUGCUUUCGCGAGUUUCUCAGUAAACUUUUUUUAUUCUUUUGCAUUUUUUUUGGUGUUCAGAGGGAAGUUUCAAUCGUGUGAAGCAUUAGGAAUUCAAUAAGUGAUUUGUAUAUUUUUUAAAUGUUGCCAAAAGAAGAACAAAAGAAUUUGAAAAAAAGAUUAAAUUAUUCAAGGAAGUGUGAGACAAUUUGUGAUUCUUUUCAGUAAAAAAAACUAUUAAUAAAACAGAAAUAGCUAAAAAUCAUGGCUAGUCCAAAGGACAAGAAUGGCACGGGUCAAGUGACUUAUGAAUUUCCCUAUAUGAAGCCAAAAGAAAAAGUUUCUCUGCGUAAAUUUCUCUAUAACAGUGAAAAUGGGACCAUUAUGUCACGAACACCAUCAAAUUGGGCAAAACUUCUUAUCUUCUAUGCCAUCUUCUAUACAGUAUUAGCUGCCCUAUUUGCCAUUUGCUUCCAAGGUCUUCUCGCCACACUUACUGAGGAAUACCCAAAGUGGCAAUUGGAUAGAUCACUCAUCGGCACGAAUCCUGGUGUUGGUUUUCGUCCCAUUUCCGAGGAUACAAGUCAAGGAUCUCUUAUUUGGUUUAAAGCAUCUGAUCCAGAUAGCAUUCGUCCAUGGACUAAAUUGCUUGAUGAUUACUUGGCCCCAUACCAGAAUGAAACUUUGCUCCCUGGUGAAGGGAAAAACCAAGAAAUGUGCGACUUUGGCUCUCCCCCGAAACCAGGACGUGUUUGUGCUGUGGAGGUGUCAAAAUGGGAGCACUGCAACAGCGAAAAUGAUUAUGGAUACUCAAAGUCAUCUCCGUGCAUUUUUGUGAAACUCAAUAGAAUUUUCAAUUGGAUUCCGGAAUUUUAUGAUGAUGUCAAUGAUCUACCCGGUGAUAUGCCCGAGGAGUUGAAGGCACACAUUGCACAGUUGGAUGAAAGUAAACGGAAACAAGUGUGGAUCUCCUGUCGUGGAGAACAUCCGUCCGAUCGUGAGGCAAUUGGGCCAAUUAAGUACAUCCCUUCACACGGUAUGCCCUCAUACUACUACCCCUUUACCAACGCACCUGGAUACUUGAGUCCAGUGAUUGCAGUACAUCUGGAGAGACCUGCAUUGAAUCGUUUGAUCAACAUUGAAUGUCGCGCAUGGGCUAAGAAUAUUCAAUAUCAAGGUGGACGAGAACGAUCUGGAUCUGUGCAUUUAGAGUUAAUGAUUGAUUAAGGUACCCACAGAGUGGGAGGAUUCAAUGUUCAUUUUAGGAUCAAGUAUAAAAUAAAUUGACAUUAAAUGCCUUCCAAAUUGCCCUCAUUUCUAGCCAAAAUGUAAAGAAGGAAAAAGUUCUAUAAAUAAAAAAAAUUCGUCAGAAAAAAAAUUAAAAUGAAUUAGAUUCAAAUAUAGAAUUAUUAUUUAAUUAAUUGCGUAUGUAAUUUAUUUCUCAUUCGAAACACUGACUUUUUCUAAAGAAUUCAGCGUGAUUAUUCUUUUAUUUUUCUUUAAUGUUUGAUGCUACAAUACAGCAGAAGUAAUAGGAAAUUUAACCUCAAUUACAAAAUUAAAAAAUUCGAAAAAUGAAAAUGGGAAAAUGCUCAGAGACCUCAAGUUGUAGGACCCCAAUUAAAACGGGAAAUAAUUCAGGAUCAAAUUCUGAGCCGAUCCUAAAAAAAUUGGGACUACACAUGUCCUAGUUUCUUUAUUUCAAGGUUAAAAGUCAGAUCCGCUGUACUAAUAAUAUAUUUUAUUUAAUAUUGUACAGAGAUGCGAAAAAUUUGUAAAAAAAACAACGUUUGUGUAGGUAGAUAUUACAUUAUGGCUGUAAAAACAAUUUUUAUGUUAUAAUAAGUUAUGUUAUAUUAUUUAUUAGAAAAUAAAAUAUAAUAGAUUUAAAAAAAUCUUGAGAUAUCAUCUUUUAUGAAUAAUAUAUGAAUCCCUUAAAAAAAUCUUUGUGAAAUUGAAUAAAAAAUAAUUAACUUAACUACUCUUUAAGUAGAAAUUUUAAAGUGCUUAAAUAAAUAAAUAGAAUAAUAA